CGGAAAUCUCCAAUCAAGAGAAAUGGCGGACAGACCGUCUAGAACGCAUAGAAACGUUCAGAAGGCAUCUCACUCUGAGCGAACCUGUGCAUCCAAGCGACAGGCGAUGGAGCAUAAUCGUGCAGAUCCUGCCCGUGAAAAAGAUGGCAAACGAGAAAGCAGGAGGUCCAAGCCCGAGAUGGCCCUCUACCGUCCAGGCAUGGGCUUACUACAGAAGAAAGCCGAUCAGUCUGGAACGCCUGAUGCCAAAGGGCAAAACCCCGUGCCAGGCUUGAAGGACCUUUCUCUGAAAGAUGGCGUCAAUGGGAAGUGGUCAGGCAACCGUGCCAAGCGACCCGACCAGCCCGUCUACACGCCACGGCAAGUCAAACCUUCAGCUGACCGGCCCACUGCUCUGCAUGAAGGGCGACCCAAGGCAGCUGUGGUGGACUCCAAGGGGCCGCCGUGUUCUACGAAACCUUUUCCCAUGGAGGGCACAAAGCCUGCGACCGAGAAGAAUGCCGAGGUCAGUGUAGAGAAGCUGCAGCAGCAUCCUCGCCCUGAAUCGGCACUGCAGAAUGGUCACCAGGAGCGUCGAGCAGAGACGAAAGCGACAGAGAACAGUGUGGAGCAUCCCAAAGAGAUCUCAAAAGCCCUCGAGGUGAUUGGGCCGCCAGCAUUGAAGCAGCAAGCAGUCGUUGGUGAGCGCUAUGGUCCUGGUGGUGACACGAGUGCUCCGAAGCCCGUGGAUUUAAGGUCUGACCGGAACUUUGCGAGGACUGGUCGACGGGGCAGGGGCAGUGGCAGGAGAAGUGGCCCUUUUCCUGACACUCGUGUUCAAGAGAACUGGGACAUCAGCGACGGCCCAGGAACUCUCAGUAAGCCUCAGCAAGGAGUGCCUGCCCGUACACCUGGCCAGCCAGUGCAGACUACGUCCCCUGAUCGUAGGAACAGCUUUUCCGAAGGGCCCCGACACAGUGGCUCUGACGAUGCCGAUGAGACUGAGCACGACGUCCGUCGGCGAGGGAUGAAGAAGAAAAUCAAAAAGAGGCGAAACAAGCCAAGGGACGACCAGCCAGUCGCAAACACUGCUGUCAAUGGGUUGUCGGUGAGCGGUCAUCACUCGGACGGCAAUGCAACAACGGAGGAAGACUGGAGCGGGGAACUCAUCGUGGAGUCGUCUGUGCACCCAAGGAUCUACAGCCAGGAGCAGGUGUCGGGAAACAACGGCACGAAAAGGCGGGAGAGAAAUGACAGCUACCAGAGCUCGUCCCCCGAGCCCUGUCGCUUCGGCGGGCGCAAGUUCAUCAACAGGCAUCGCCGCGAGUCGUUUUCCGAAGAGGAGAAAGACAAGGGCCCGACUCGAAGCCGAAAUGGACCUCUUCCGGCCCCCAUCAUCAAGGACUGGAGUGCGGCCGUGGCCGAGGAAGAAGAGCGCCAGAGGCACUCCCUCAGCAGGACUGUAGACAACGUGAGAAACGAUUCCAGUGAUACUUCCAGCUACCGUUCCACCUUUAUGGAAGUACAUCGCAAGAACCGCAAAAACGAUGCCUCAUCCCAAAAGGCCUCUCCUCCUAAAGCGCACGAGUCCCAGCUGCCUCCCCGCUUCCAGAAGCGUAACCGGCCUGCGACCCCCGAGAACACAGUCUCGUCGGCAGCCAAAGGUGGGCUCAUCCGACUUCCUUGCGACGUGAGCCUAAAUGGCUCCGGCCCAGCGGAGCACCAGUGUGACGAGAGGAGUGUGGUGGUGGCUCCCAUGUGCGGUAUGGGCCAGGAAAAGCCUCUGAUCGCAGUGAAGCCACAGCCUCACGUGCCGGUAGAUUCUAUCUACAGCAGGACAAUGCCGAUGGCACUGCAGCCUGGUUUCUCCCACCAUUAUGAACCAGCCCCGCCCUCUGUUAUGUCGCCACCGGUGGUGUCAGCGGCAUAUCCAACUGUGCCCGGUGUGCCGUUUUCGUGCCAUCACCCCAGCCACGGUUUGCCUACAGUGUACCAUGGUGACCAAGUCAUCGCACCGGAGUCGUAUGGUCGGAGCCGGAUAAAGCCGCUCGUGGAGAAGAACCUGCACGAUGCUGCCCUCCUGGAGCGAGAGCUGAUGAAUUACCUUUCCAAAGGCAUCCAGAACAUCGACACCAAAGCCAUGGGCCACUGCAGAUGGAAGCUACAGCUUCGGUAUGAGAACGUGAUCCUGGCUGACCCGAGGUACUGCGCUGAGAGGAACGUGGAGAAUGCACUCUGGAAGUCGGCCUUCUACCAAGGCAUCGAGGCAUUCCGUCGCAUCAUGGAAGAGUGCCCCGACUUUCAAGAGGAGGCCAAGAUGCAACUUCUCAACUUAGUUGACGAGGGCACCAUCUUCUACGAGAACCUGCUGGACAAGUUCCAGGAGACGUACGGCUUCAGCUUGAGCCAGUUCCUCGAGCCCGACCUCUGUGCUUCCCUGAGUGCCAGUUCCUCUUCGUCGGCUGGUGGUGUCGCCGGAGGCAGGGCCGUUCCGGACUCUGUCCGCCUAGUGCUCAUCUCGGUGCAGAAGAUAUACAUCUGCCUUGGGGACCUGGCUCGGUACAGAGAGCAAGCCAUGGGUACCACCAACUAUGGCAAAGCCCGAAGCUGGUACCUGAAGGCUCAGCAGAUAGCACCCAAGAAUGGCCGUCCAUACAACCAGCUUGCGAUUCUGGCACUCUAUGCGAGGCGGAAGCUCGAUGCAGUCUACUACUACAUGCGAAGCCUAGCAGCAAGCAAUCCUUUCCUGACAGCGAGAGAGAGUCUUCUGGCCCUCUUCGACGAUGCUAGGAAAAAGUACGACCAUCUAGAGCGCAGGAGGCUGGAGGAAGAAGGCGCCAGCCAACAGCCGAGUCUGGAGAGCCCAUGCGACGAAGAGCGGACGGAGAUCUGGAUCAGGCCAGACGGGACCACUUCUCACUGGAGCAGCCGACAGGGGGACCAAGCGUCGCGCGAGGUCGAGCAGCUGUCGCAGCUUUCUACAAUUGAUCUCAAUAAACGGUACGUCUUGAGUUUCCUGCACGUCCACGGCAAGCUCUUCACCAAGGUUGGUAUGGAAACGUUCUCCGAGACUGCUCGUCGGAUGCUGAUGGAAUUUCGGUGCCUACUCCAAAGGACACCGGCUGCUGUCACCAAUAGCCGGCAUCUGCAGCUCCUCGCAAUCAACAUGUUUACCGUAGCGAACACAUGUUUAAAAGAUCGCAACAUGGAGCCAGACUGCCGGUCACUGCUCCAGGAGCAGAGCCUGCAGGUGGCACUCGCCCAUGUGGCCAUUGUUAUGGAACGGGCCACGCAGCUGCUGCAGCAGAGCUCGUCCUCCCCAUCGUCCUCAACUUCGUCCUCGCCUGGCGGACCCUCCUUCUCGUCGCGCGUCUCCCUUUCAGACGAGCUGGCUGAGCUGCUGCCCACCCUGAAGCUGUGGACUGACUGGAUGUCCUGCCAGAAACGGCUCUGGAUUCCCCCACCUACACCCUGUGACUACAACACCAGUGUGAAAGGCAAUGUCUGGACAACGCUGGCAGACCUUUUGACAGUCCUGUGGAGGUUGAACCUGGGUGACAUCAAGUUCUUCAAGGAGCCCGCAGAAGAUCGUGAGCUGGUGACAUUACCUGAAGAUGCCACCCUGGCCAGCUUUGUGCCCCUACUGGGAGCUCCCCAGGAAGCUUUCUACGUACAAGUGCCAUGUGACCGGGAGCGAGCUCGCAACUGCCUCCGAAUCAACCGGAUCCAGUUCUUCGGGGACUACCUGUGUGGCAUCUCGCCGCCCUACCUGGAGUUCAAUGUGGAACGCAAGCGCUUUGUCUCUCUCAUCGCUGUCUCCGACACGGAGUCUGACUCGGAGAAGGAACUGACCUACGAUUCUGGAUUUGGGGGAGUGGAAAACACUGGCUCGACAAGCGCGUGCCUGGCGCCGUUGCAGUCUGAAGACGAGCUGGAACUGGGUGACUCACUGGAUGACCAGGAGGCACCGCUCAAGUCCGGAGAGGAGGAGAGCGAGAUCCAGAGGUUGUGGACCAAGAAGGAGCAGCUGCGGAAGGCGAAGGAGCAGCACGAACGCCAGCAUGCCUGCGUCCAAGCGGUUCUACAGGAGCACCGGAGCAAGCAGGCGGCCAUGCUUGAGAUCAGGCCCCGGUUUCUCAUUCCGGACACCAACUGCUUCAUCGACCACCUGCCGCUCGUCCAGAAGCUGGUCGCCGACGGACACUUCAACGUCUACGUGCCCAUCGUCGUAUUGAACGAGCUGCACGGGCUUGCACGAGGGGGGUCCCGUCCAGGACCCUGUCCCGACCACUGUGAGAAGGUGGGCUCGAGUGCCAGAGCUGCUCUCACUUACCUGGAGGAGAGGUUUGGCCAGCGUGAGCCGAAGCUGCGAGCGAUUACCAUCAGGGGCUCCAUUCUGGACACCAUCGGCUUCCGCAGCGAGGAUCUGGGCGACUACAAGGGGACCAAUGAUGACCAAAUUCUGACGUGCUGCCUGCUGCUUUGCAGCGAUCGUACGGAGCAUGCACUUCCAAGGGAGCCUGACGCACCAGUGAAACUGUACCGCGAAACAGUGCUGAUCACCGAGGACCGGAACCUGUGCGUGAAAGCCCUGACACACAACGUGCCCGUUCGGGACCUGCCAGCCUUCCUCCGUUGGGCCAACAUUUCGUGAGGGCAGCGUACGAAAGAAAGGGAAA